GUGAUUUCAGUCCGCACCCGUGAACCGAGGCGGACGCACGCGCGCCGUCUCCCCUUCCCGCCAUAACACUCGAGUGAAACGGAAAGUUUGUGGUGUGUUAUUUUGGUCGACGUUGGUGACUUCUUGAAUAUCGAGAUACAAAGGAUUUCUAAACAAAUCGAUGACGACAAGAAUGUGAAUUCCAGCUACAACAUUCGAUUAUAAUUUUUGUUGGAGUAUAUUCAAGAAAAAUAAUCAAAAAUGUCUGCAAUUCGUAACAACCCCGAGAAUGGCAUCGGCGACGAGCCUCGCGGCACGACGUAUUUCUUUUCCAGGCCCCGGUCUAGUGCCACCAUCGACCAGAGAAUAGGACUGUUCUUCUCCAUCUAUUGGAAGUCUAUCCUGGUUGUCCUGACGCCCAUUCUGCUGUUGCCUAUACCUAUCAUAUUUGAGGAGCCUAAAUACCGAUGCAUGUACGUGGUCCUAAUAAUGGCGACAUACUGGGUGUUAGAGUUGUUACCUCUGCCGGUGACAUCCAUGUUGCCAAUCGUCCUAUUCCCAACGAUGGGCAUCUUGGACUCGGACAAGACGACGGCUGCUUACAUGAAGGAAACCAACAUCAUGUUCCUCGGAGGGCUGAUGAUAGCUGCUGGAGUGCAGCAUUCGAAGCUGCCGAGGAGGGUGGCCUUGUGGACAGUGCAGGUGGUCGGAUGCUCGCAUAGGAGGUUGAAUUUCGGGUUAACAUUCGUAACGAUGUUCAUAUCGAUGUGGGUGUCCAACGCGGCUGCUACCACCAUGAUGGUACCCAUCGUGGAGGCCAUUCUGGAUGUAUUGGAACAACAGGGACUCGGCGAGGUCUACUUGAACAGGAAGAAGACAACUGAGAACGGCAAGGAGAACGGAAAACAGCCUGAAAAGACCAGCGAAGAAGAGCCCCCAAUGCCGAGCGACAUUACGAUCUGCUACUACCUGAGCAUCGCGUAUGCGUCCACGCUGGGGGGCUGCGGGACCCUUGUAGGCACUGCCACCAACUCUGCCUUCAAGGGGAUAUUUGAUUCGGAGUUCCCCGAGAUAUCUGGCGCGGUGGACUUCUUCUGGUUCAUGGCGUACAGCACGCCCCCCAUGCUGCUGAUGCAGCUGCUGGUGUGGGUCGCGCUCCAGGUCACCUUCAUGGGCAUGUUCAGGCCUAAGAGCGAGGCAGCUCGCAAGGUGGCUCUGGCCAGCUCGGGCUCCCAAAACACCAUGAAGGUCAUCAAAGAGCGCUACCGCAGUCUCGGACCCGCCACUUUCCAUGAAAAGGCUUCCGGCAUGUUGUUCCUGCUAGCUGUGUUCCUGUACAUCUUCCGCAAGCCUGGCUUCAUGCCGGGGUGGGCAGACGUUAUGACCACCAUGAAAGUGAAGGACGGCGUAGUGUCUUUGUUCAUCGUGAUCCUCAUGUUCAUCCUGCCCAUGGCCAUGGAUUUCCUCAAGUUCUUCUCCGCUUCUUCCUCAUAUGAGGACUUGAAAGCUACUAAGCCAUCUCAAGGUAUCGUGACAUGGAAUGUGCUCAAAGAGAAGGUGCCAUGGGGUCUUCUGUUCCUACUGGGUGGAGGCUUCGCCCUGGCUGAAGGUAGCAAAGCGACAGGGCUGUCGGCGAUGAUCGGUUCGUCCCUUGUGGGGCUCAACGGGCUGAACAAAUACGUGGUGCUGCUGGUGGUGGUGCUGGUGACGCAGUUCAUCACGGAGUUCACCUCCAACGUCGCCAUUGCCAACCUCAUACUGCCUGUCUUGGCUAAUAUGGCCCGCACGUUCAGACUGGACCCGCGGCUGCUGAUGGUGCCAGCCACCCUGGCGUGCUCCAUGGCCUUCCACAUGCCGGUGGGCACGCCACCCAACGCCAUAGUCGCUGGCGUCGCGCACAUACCCACCUCUAAGAUGGCUAUCGGCGGUAUUGGUCCGAAGAUAAUCACGACGCUCGUCGUAUGGGGCGCCUACCCCACUUGGGGGAGACUUAUAUUUAACGAGGCUGACGUCCAGCCCCUUUGGGACAACCUCGUCACAGCCAGCCCGUCACCCAUGGCUCUGCUAGACAGCUCUACUCUUCCAAACUUAAGUAGCAACUUGGCCUUAAGUUGUAACACAACUUUAAACGCCUUAACAACGACUCGUAGGUUCAAUUGCAGCUACCCUAACUCAUUGACAAACGCAUUAGCUAAUUACGUGCAAGGGAAGUUUGUCUGCGACUUCUUGCCUCUGAAAAGUUAAAGGUUUAAGCUCUUAGUUAAAAUACCGCGAAGGAUGAAGUUUUGCGGGUUUUCAAAUGUGUUUUUUUAAAUGGUUGUAAGUUUAAAGUCGACCAUCUUACUAUCUCUGUGGUUUAACAGCUAAAUAACUCGCAAUUAACUCUUGUAUAGACUUGGGCGGGAUUAUAUAUAAUACCAAUGGAGUUUUUUAACAGUGGAGUAGCGUGGUGGAGUAUGCUUUGCAUGCUCUUAUCGAUGAGAAGGCCUAUGCCUAAUGGAACGCAUAUAUAGGCUGUUUACGCUAUGUUUCAUUGAACUAAAAUAUUCAUAAAAAAUACCACCUAUAUACAGCCAUAUUUUAUGUAAAUAAUUUAAAUAAUAUUCACACAUUUGGAAAACGUAUUUAAAAGUAAUAAUAUUGUAUAUUUUUAUAUCUAUUUUAAACCUAUCCGGCCUAGAAUAUCGUCUUCGCCGGUUUUAUUUUGGUGUUGCCAACGUUAGCCAUUUCUGCCGUUUAGUAUUUUUUCAGUGUUCUACAAAGCAUUUAUACAAUAGAAAUGAACAUAAGCAUUUAAUUUUCUACAAAAGAGUUUCCAUCACAAUUGUAUUGAAACACUUUUGAUGGAUACUUUAAAAUGAAUGCUCCUUGCAACUUUUAUUAUAAUUUAACAUAACUGUUUUUGAACGCAUAUAUACCCACCGUUUGAGCAAUACAUUUCUACACUGUUGGACAAAAAAAUCGAUUCUACUUGUGGUUUGGGAAAAUGACUGUUUACAAAAAUGAUUAUUUCAUUAUUUAAUAGUUUAUUGUACACAGAAUCAAAGAUAUAUACACAAAACACAUAUAAAACAUAUAUUAUUAUUAUUAUAAUAUUGUAUUGUGUUGUUGUAUUGUAUUGUAUAUUGUUAUUGUCAUAAUAUUGUUAUUUUUAUUGUGUAACAAAUAAAUAUGUGUCAUAAAGUGGAGAGAUAUGUAUCAUUUUAAAAAGGAAAAUUAAUAAUAUGUGCAGGCCAAGUUAUUUGAAACAAAACUUGGAAUCAAUUUUUUUGUCCACCGGUGUACUAUAAUAUAUUUUCAAUAUACUUUUACCAGAAAAGCGGGUGCGGACUUUUAUACUUCUAAGUACUAUUUAAAUUAAUGAAUAAUGGGUACUUAUGAAAUAUCGGUAAUUUUACGGUUCUAGUGUUUCGGUACAGGUACGGAUCGGUAACGCUGGCAUAUACCGCGUUUUAUUCGUAUUUCUGUGCCAUUUUUCAACUAUUACGGAUAUUUAUGCCUUUUUUAGUUAUUUGUACGCAUGUAUUUAAAAAAAUCAGAAAUGUUUAAAUCGAAUUGGCUUAAAAAUGAUUACCAUUUUAACCAUAAUAGGCAAGGACAACCUAGUCAAAUGAAAUACUUUAUACGAAACGUCAAAACGAUAUAAUAGGGUAAUUGCCAACCAGUCAAAUCAGUUACUUUUUACUAAACUCAAACCACGAAAUUACUAUGGAUUUUGUAUGAAAAAGCACACUGUGACGUCAUAGAAAAACGUGACAAAAUGUCGCACUUAUUA